AUGGAAGGACCAAUGAAAGACAGCAAAAACAACCUUUUUCUCAUCACAGGAACUAUUUUGCUUGACCUGCAGGAAAAUAAUCAGAUGACUGACAAGUACUUUUAUAUGAAGAAUCCUAUUGAGAGUUUGCGAGAUAUUGUGAGCACGUCAACUAAUACUGAUAUGAUAAGGCAGACCGUGACUAUAUCAACGAUUAGUUGGUUUGGCUCUCUACAACUAUGCGGUAAUUCUGCUGAUGUAAUACAGAAGAGUCAAAAUUAUGCGAGUAUAUUAAAUCGUGAUGUCUUGGGGUUAGAGGAUGUCAUCGCUUCAAAUAAGUAUAAAAGUGAACAGAGUGAACCUAAGAGAAAGAUGACUGAAUCUGAUGUGCUACAAACAUCAUGA